AUGGACUGCUUCUACCACAUCGGGCACAUCCUCAAUACUGUUGCGAGGGCAUGUGGCGAUGACUUCAUCCGUGCUAAGGUCGUCAGCAACGAGCGACGCGACGGGUACGGCGGCAGCGUGGCCAACCGGUCGCACCUCGUCGACACGGUCAUGAAGGCCCUGGUCGACGUCGUGGGCCCGGUGCGCGUCGGCCUCCGCCUGAGCCUCUGGAGACGCUUCCAGAGGAUAACGAUGCAGGACCUGAUCCCGGCGUUUUCCGACUUCAUCACAAAAGCCAGCCUACUCGGCUGGCGUACCUCCACUUGGUCGAAUCACGCAUCUCGGGCUCUGAAGGCGACGACGACUACGGAGAACAAAAACAUCGUCAUCAUGUUUGGGAGACACUUCAUCGCCAAUCCCGAUCUGGUGUACAAGAUCAAGGCAGGCGUGGCGCUGAGUGCGUACCGUCGCCCGACUUUCUAUGUCAAAAAGUCACCCCUGGGCUUUGUGGACUACCACUCAGCAAGGAGUACCUGGGCAACCUCCCCAUUUCCACCACUGCUACUUCAUGAAAGAACCUCACAUAAGUGGGACUACUAG